UGGACAGCAGGGGCAGCGUGUGAGAGCAUAUGAAAUAAUGGAGGCAAAACCCAAAAAACCCUUCUCCCCCAAAGGUGGAAAGAAGCUGACACAGAAAGGCAAAGAUUCCAUAGGGACCAAACUUGGUGGCAAACCAGGUGGCAAACCAGGCGGCAAACCAGGCGGUAAAAAACCCUUCAAACCAUACAACAAUGCAGAAAGGAAGGGCAAACCAGGAAAGAGUGGAGAUGGCGGCAAGAAAGAAUUCAAAUCUGGGUUUUCCAAAGAUGGGAAAGGACCGAAGAAGAGGAAGCUGCCGCCUGGUAAAGGCAGAGAUGAAGAAGGAGGAGAUGGUCCGCAGUCUAAGAGGAUGAAGAAAGGCGAGUUUAAGCCGAAGAAGAGGGUGCUGACGGAGGAGGAGCAGAAGAAGAACAGGCAGCAGAGGAAGAAAGACCUGAAGAAUAGCCGGCAGGAGGCGGAGAGGAAGGACAUGUUCCAGAUCAUCUGUCAGUCCAAAAAAGUGUGGGGAGACCUCAGGAGGAAGAAGUGUGACAACGACAUGAAGCAGAAACUGAUGAAGGAGCUUCACGAUCUGAUUCGCGGGAAAAUCAAACAGAUGGCGUUCGCUCACGACUCUGUGCGAGUGCUGCAGUGUUUCAUCCAGUUCGGCAGCCACGAGCAGAGACAGGAAGUGUUUGACGAGCUCAAAGAUGAUGUCAUUGGUUUGUGUAAGUCACAGUACGGCAAACACGUGGUGAAAAAGCUGCUGAUGUACGGGAACAAGGAGCUGGUGGGGGGAGUGAUGCAGACAUUUAAAGGUCACGUGCGUCCGAUGCUCCGCCACGCAGCCGCCUCGUCCAUCAUAGAGUACGCCUACAACGACAAAGCUGUGCUGGCACAGAGACUCAUGCUCACUGAGGAGCUGUACGGGAACACCUUCACUAUCUGCAAGUCUACAGUGUGUAACACCAUUGAGAAGGUUGCAGAGGCGAACCCUGACAAGCUGAACAGCAUCAUCGAUGAGAUGAAGCAGAGUCUCACUCCCAUGGCACAGAAAGAGCAGGUGAUCAAACACUCUCUGGUCCAUAAAGUCUUCCUGGACUUCUUCCAGUUCGCCCCCGAGAAACAGAGAACGGAGAUGAUCGAGUCCAUCAGAGAGUCUGUCGUCUACAUGGCUCACACACACGACGGAGCACGAGUAGCCAUGAACUGUCUGUGGCACGGGACAGCCAAGGACAGAAAAAUCAUCAUUAAAACUAUGAAGACGUACAUGGUGAAGUUUGCCACGGGAGAGUUUGGUCACCUGGUUCUUUUAGCCAUAUUCGACUGUGUGGACGACACCAAGCUGGUCAAACAGGCCGUGCUGUCAGAGAUCUUGUUGUCUCUGGAUGAGGUCAUCGGUAAUAAAUACGGUAAGAAGGUGCUGUUGUACCUGCUGAGCCCCAGAGACCCCGCCCACCUGCUGCCUGAGAUCAUCAAGGUGCUGGAGAAAGGAGACGGAAACACACACAGUAAAAAGGACGCGGCGGUUCGGAGGAAGGAGCUGCUGGAAGUGGUGUCCCCCCCGCUGCUCACGUACCUCUGUGAAAACACGUCGGCCAUGGUGAUGGACAAAGCCACCUGCGUCACGGUCAGCGACAUCCUGAGUUCAGCUAGCGGAGACCUGAGGCCCGCCAUGACGUCCGUGGCUCUGCUGGCCAAUCAGGAGUUAGUGCCAGGAGGGUAUCAAGGAGACCUUCACAUGGCCGAACAUCCAGCAGGACAUCUGGUGCUGAAAUGGCUGAUAGAGCAGGACCUCACACUGGCAGAGGCUGGCAAAGAAGAGCGCUUCGGCAGGAUACUGGUGGACACGGUGGGGACGGAUAAGAUGAAGAGCUGGGUCAAAGUCAACAGAGGAGCCAUGGUGCUCUGCAGCCUCCUGAACAGCUGUGACAAAAGCGUGGCGUCAGAGGUGAAGGAGGCGCUGAAGUCCAUCACGUCAGAGCUCAGCAGCAUCAGCAACAACAAAGGAGCCGAAAUCCUGCUGGAGAAUCUCAACAAGUAGAGAAAUGUGACUUCAAACCAGCUGGUGGCAUGAAGUGCAUCACUUCCUGUGCAGCAGUGACUUUCUUUUUCCCAGGAAACACCAAGAUUCUGUUUGUAGCAGCAGACGGGAAUGUUGUCGGGAUGUGGAUACGGCCUGGAACGCUGUUGUGUGAUUUUGAGUCAUUGAUGGAUAAAUGGACGCAAGUUUGUCUGGAACUGUUGAGGAAGAAAGGUUAAAAUACACACAUGUUGUAUAUAAGCAGAAUUACAUUUUCCCAGUUUUCACAUCAGUUCUCUAAUAAAGCAAAGUCUCAUAAGAGCUGGGUGGAGUGAUAAAUAAAGAUGAUGUCAUACCUGAUUUUUUUCAACACAUACUGUUCUUACUUAGUAAUUUAAUUCUACUUUGCUGGUUUUUUUUCAGUAACUGUUAAAAUAGUCAAUAAUCAAUAAGUAUCUGAAUCCUAAACUUGCCUUGAGCUACUGAAGGCUGUUAAAAUGAAACAUCUGCAGGAAAUGUUGAAGAUCACUAUUAGUACGUUGUUGCUGUGGAAACGUACAUGAUGGCAAAUUAAAACAGGAAGUAAACAGUAAAUGAGGAAGUUUCUUAUUAAAAUGCAGUCAAAUGUGUGUAAAACAACAAGUAUUGAGAAAGAGAAACAUCCUCUUUUGCAGUUUAGGUAAAGAAAACCAUCACUUCUCUCCAGCUGUUUCUAUCCAUACAGAUGCAGAUUUUUAUCCGUCCAGGUUUUGAGAUUCCUGCCUCUCAUUUCCAGACAUGGUGUUCCUCCCUGUUCCUUUGGAAACUUUCUUUCACUAGAAAACCGAGUCACAGAUCUCAAAACCGUCUGCAUGGAUAGAAACAAUCUACAGGUUGCUUUGAUCAUCAGGGUGAUGAUGAAUCAAUACAAACAGCAGCUCAGCUACUGUCCAGUUAUCCUGGUUGUUUCUACUGAGGUAAAAAAAACGAUGAUUAUUUGUUUUUGAGUUAUUAAGAAACACGUUAACCGAGCAAUUCAUUCUGUCUGAAAUUGUUCUGAAAUAUUUUGUAAUAUUUUGUACUUGUGAGUGAUUGUUUUAUCAGCUGGAAAGAAAAUGGCAAAAUAAAGCUUAUUGUGACUAAA